GUCCGACAGCCGGAGCCCAACACACGGGAUAAACACCGAGGAUCCUCGCAGCCGAAGCACCGCGGACUCACUGACUGGUGCUUUUCGUCCCAUUGUUCGAGACGUACCGACGUACAGCUGGCCUCUUGUAGCGUUUGUAAACGGGGUAAUCCAAGAUGGUAAAAGAUCCAAGGAAGCCGAGAGGCAAAAUGUCCUCAUAUGCCUACUUUGUGCAAACAUGCCGAGAGGAGCACAAGAAGAAACAUCCCGAGGCCUCUGUCAACUUUGCAGAGUUCUCCAAGAAAUGCUCUGAGCGUUGGAAGACUAUGUCUCCCAAAGAAAAAGGCAAGUUUGAAGAUAUGGCCAAACUAGACAAGGUGCGCUAUGAGAAGGAAAUGAAGAAUUACAUUCCCCCCAAGGGCCAGAAGAAGAAGCGAUUCAAGGACCCCAAUGCCCCCAAGAGACCACCGUCUGCAUUCUUCAUAUUCUGUGCUGACUUUCGUCCCAAGGUAAAAAGUGAGCACCCUGGACUCUCCAUUGGGGACACAGCAAAGAAGUUGGGAGACAUGUGGAACAGCUCAACUGCAGAGGACAAGCAGCCGUAUGAGAAGAAGGCUGCAAAGCUGAAGGAGAAGUACGACAAGGAUGUCGUUGCCUAUCGCACGAAGGGCAAAGUGGAUUCAGCAUCGGCUGCUACAGCAGACGACGACGAUGAGGAAGAGGACGAAGAGGAGGUAGAGGAGGAGGAAGAAGAAGACGAUGACGAUGACGAUGAUGAGUAGAUGAUUGCACCUUGGACCUGAAGUUUUGUUUAUGCCAUAUAACCCUAAUAUACUCAAUUCACCACCUUGAAACAGAAGUCAGACUGAACAAGAACAUGUGUAUAUUUAAUGUUUUUAAGAUGUACAGUGUUAUUCUCCUUUUUUUUUUUGUAAAGUUAACACUACAUACGUUGAGUUGGAGAUUUUCUAGUGGUAGUUCUUUAUCCCUGCCAUAUUAUGUAACAAUUUAGGACUGCAAAUCAGUAUGAAAGUAACUAGUCUUUAGGUGUUCCAACUCAAAAAUGAAAAUUCUGAGUUGGUAGUGUAUUUUUCUUUAUUUUGAAAAAUAUUUUUUUAUGUGCUGUCCCGAUGUCUUUUUAUUCUUUGAAUACCACUCUAAUAUCAAAUGCAGCUGUCGACAUUCAAGAAUGUCUUCAAUAAAGGUCGUUUUUCUUAA